CUCGGCCUAGGGUUUUCUUCUUUUCACUACACAAAAUGAAAAACAAAAUAUGGCAGGCUUAGAUUCGAAUCCCCAACCCCAACAAAACCCUCAUCAGCAAAACCAGACCAGCACGGUGUUCUUCAACAAGGGCGAGGAAGUAGAAGUAAGCAGUGAGCAGGAAGGUUUUAGGGGUGCAUGGUAUUUAGCUACCAUUUUAGAUUUCCCAACACCAUCACAGCCACAAUCAGCCUCGGAGAAGAAAAGGAAAGCGAUUGUUCAGUACAAAACUUUGGUUACUGAAGACGGGCCUGCUCCUUUGUUAGAACAAGUCGACCCUCAACUCAUUAGGCCUUUGCCUCCUCAAGAUUCGCUUAAAAAUGGCGGGGUUUUUCAAGAAAACGAAGUCAUUGAUGCAAGUCUUAGAUAUGGCUGGUGGUCUGGUGUUGUAAAGAAGGUUAUUGAUGGGGGGGCAAGAUAUAUGGUUUAUUUUGAUAACCCUCCUGAUGUUCUUGAUUUUGAUGCCAAAGAUUUAAGGAUUCACUUGGAUUGGGUUGAUGGCAACUGGGUCCGACCCGAAAUGCAGCAGCAAGCAACAGGGUCGGUUUUUAGCUCAGGAACUGAAGUAGAAGUGAACCUUGAAAAAGAUAAUGUACGUGAUAUUUGGUUACCUGCAGUUGUCGUCAAGGAAAAUGAGGAUAGAACUUUCUUGGUAAAGUGUCAAAGCUCAUGGAAUAGUGAUGAGGCCGGAACAAUGAAAACAAUUGUAGAUUCCCUUCACAUUCGGCCCACUCCUCCUCAUGCAGACAGAAAUUAUGAGUUGCUGGAAAGGGUAGAUGCACACUAUGGAAUUGGUUGGAGAUCUGGAGUAAUUACAAAACUUCUUGCUGGGAGGAGAUACAAUGUCUUUUUUAAGCAGGGAAAUGAGGACAGGGAACUUGGUCAAUCGAAGAUAAGGCCUCAUAUGGAAUGGGUUGAUGGAAAAUGGAUUAGUAAAAAGGAAGUUAGAAUUCUUUCUGAUAGUCGAGGACAGUUUGGUAGCACCAACAACAAUAAAAACCCUGAUGUGGCAGAACUACACAAAAGCUCAAGUGCUUCUGAAGAUAAGACCAAAGAGAAAACAGUUUCCACUAGCAUAAGAAAUAUGGCAGAGCAAUCAACUCUCUCGGGUGAAAAAUCAGCGAAGAAGCCAAAGCCAACACUUUUUAAUUGUAGUGGCAUGCGUUCAAACCCUUCCAGUAUGCUAAUUGAAAUAGAUGCUCUUGAGGCCCCAUUAUCAGUUUCAGCACUGCAGUCUAGGAAUAUCCCAAUUGAAAUGUCAAGUAAUGAAAUGCUUUGCGGUUUUACCUCUUCAAAAACAGGAGGUAAAAGAACAAGAUGCAUAGAAAAACUUGUUGAUGCUCAGCCUUCUAACAAAACCGAGAAUUCUUCUGCAGGAAAGGCAACUAUGCAGAAGACUAAGCAACUGAAAGUACUUGAAUUGGACUGCCAGAAAGUGGAAAUUAUAACAAGGAUAGGGAGAGUCACCAAAUCGCCAUUUAGAAGUCCAAAUGCUUCAGCAGCAGUGAAGGAUGGCAAUGCAGUGGAUGUUGCGGUCCAAGGCAUCAGUGAGAUUGACUUUAAAACAAAAGAAAUUGAAGUCCCUUUCAUCAUGGGAUUAAAAGCUACAGAGGGCAUUUAUCAGGAUGACAAGGAAACACUGAAGCUUCUGAGGGAUCAGAAGAAGAGUUUGAAUGAUUCAGCAAAAGACAAGAACUUGGAACAUGUAGGAAGCAGUCAAAGAAGAAAGAGGGGAAGGCCGUGCAAAUUAACUAUAAACUCAAAGGCUUCGGUGACUAGUCGGGAGGACCUUGGCUCUGGGGACAUUGCUGAUGAAGUUGUACAAGUGGUUGUGAAAGACCUUACAACUAAUGAAGUUGAGUGGCUGACACAGGCAAGGAUGGAACCUAAAGUUUCUCAAAAUUCUUCAAGAGAGAGAAGCAGUGAAGUUUCCAAGACAGAUUUCAUGUCAAGGGAAGUUGAUGCAGCUGUUGCUGCUGCAUCGAAGAAUGUAGCUGAUGAUGAUCAACCUCUAUCAACCUGGUUUGGGGGAGUGCAUGCUUCAACAAGUCUUGGAGAACUAAGAUCAUCUACUGGUAGGGCUGCAAGUGGAGGGAGUGAGGCUAGAGAAAAACAAGCUGUAGCAGUGGAAUCUUGUACAAUCGAUGCAGAAGGCAAUGACACUCUGGUGGAAAAUCAGUCUGUACCUUUUGUAAAGAGGUCUCCAGUUUGGAACACGAUUGAAUCUAUGGAAGUAUUCCGAGCCAUUCCGCAAAAACUGCAUUUUCAUCCUUUGACUGAAUGUAAAGAAGAGUAUCGUGAAGGAUCAGCCAUUGGUAUUAUGGUAACAUUUGCUAGUUUGUUUGAUAAGAUAACCUCACUUCAGUUUGAUGAUUGUAGAAGCAUAUUAGAGAGCACAUUGGAAAGUCUUCUUGACUUGGAGAAGCAUGGAUUUGAUAUCACUGUGCCACGUGGUAGGUUGAAUGAAUUGCUUUCAAUUAAAGAUGGGCAAGGGGAGGUACUAAAUGAUUCCAAAGAUGCUGAAGGGAAAUUACGAGUGCAUACUGAUGAGAAAAGAAAGCUGGAAGAGAAGAGGAACGAUAUUGAAAAGAAGAUUACUGAGCUACAGGAAGAACUUGCUUUAACCAAGGCAAAGAUGGAGGUUAAGAACCUUGAUCUUUCCAAGUUGCAAUCCCAUGCUAAUGCCAUAAAUGAACGGAUUAAAAAUGCUCGGGAUCAUUUCGGAAAAGUAGCCUCUGCUCCUUGGAACCCCCCCUGAUGCACUGUAAUCUCAAUGAGUUUUCUUGCUCCCUGCACUUGGGUAAGUGGAGCAUAGCGACUGAAAGUUGUUACGUUAAUGCUUCAACGUCGUGAUCAUGAAAGUGUAGUUAACUAAUUUCAGCUGUGUAUUUAUUACCUUUGGCUGUGUUGCAUGGUUAAUGAUGAAAUCUUUUUGGUGCCAAGUGUAUGGGAAUGUAGUUCGUCUCGAAACGGAUGAAAGCUUUAAUUUGGCUGGAUUUUAUCAUCAUUCAGGGUGAUGGGUCAUCUUCAUGUUCAGAACAUUAGAUGUACCACCAAGUAUUUGUAUGAUCAUUUUCAUGUUCAGAACUUAA